AUGUGGCGCGUCUGUCGCGUUGCGACGCUCCGUCACCUCCGGGUCGACACUGGUCGACUGUCAAAUGCCCGUGCACUGCCGACCCUGUCUCUGUCGCUGCAGCCAAAUGACGCCACCAGGUACUUCAGAAGUAUCGCUGGCGUGGAUCGCGACUUGCUGCUCACGCGCUCUGCGCGCGAACUGCGCGACGAGUUGGGCGACUCGAAGAUUGGGAACGUGGCGAAGGCGCUCACGCGGGAGCUGGACGACGCUCUUGCGCGCGAGGACGUGACCAGCGACGAGAUCAUUGACGUGUUCACGGCGGCCCAAAAAACGCGCGCGAUCUCUGUGAUGCUGAAAGCCUUUGACUUUCUCGAGGCCACUUUUCCUGCCCACAUUAACUUUGCAGUGUACGGUGAAGUGUUUCGUGUCUUGGCUCGCAAGAACAAUCCCGAUCGCCUCAUUCAGAUCUUCGAGACAUCGAAGCCACGCUUCAGUGCGGUUCCUGAGAUGAUCUACCGCUUCGGGAUCAUUGGGUAUUUGCAGAAGAAUGACAUGGAAGCGGCCGUCGAAACGUGGCAGGAAAUGUUGGAUGCUGGCCAUGAGACGACCAACGAGAUUACUUCUCAGCUGAUGAUGGCGUACGCGCGUCACGGACAGGUGGAGAAGGUGCUGGAGCUGUACGAGUCUAUCGAUCCACAGAUUGGCCACUGGCACGAGUCGUGCAUUGACCGAGUCAUACUCAGCAUGGGCAUCAUUGAGCAGCCUGCCAAGGCCUUUGAAUUCUACAGCAACUCGAGCAUGAAGUUGAACGGCGGAACGCUGAUGGCGCUCUUGAGUGUCUGCAACAACAACAAUUGCAAGCAACAGGCUUCGGACAUUUUGGCAAACCGCAAGAAGUUCGAUUUGCGCCUUGACGCGCGUGGCUACAAUCGCAUCAUGAUGACACUUGAAUUUCUGGAGCGCAACGAUGAGAUCAAAGACAUUUUGGAGGAGAUGGUUGAGAGUGGGGUCCGAUUCGACACGCGAACGAACGCGAUUAUUGAGCGCAACUCCCAAUUUCUGAAAGAAACGAACUUUGUCGCUAAUCUGAGCAAGAGCAGGGCCGCAGGAUUUACGAUAAGUCCGCGCAUUCGCGAGAUGCUUGCACAAGGGCAAUUGACUGAAGCAGCAGCGUAUGUAGACUCCAUUGUGAAGCCCGUGGAGGAGUCACAAGUACCAGACGAUUUUAAAGGCAAAGUGCCCGAAGGGGCUCUGGUUGUGAGCGCCAAUGCGGCAAGAGACGUCGUGCAAGCGUACAUCAAGACAGGGCAACUUGACAAAGUGGCCGCGCUGGUCAAGGGGUUCUCCGUGGUUCGUGGGAAGUAUACGUUUGCUUUGGCUGAAGUCAUUUCUCACUGUCUACCGCUGAAAAUGAAGACGGGAGACGAGCUCAGCUAUGCUGCUACUAAAGCGCUGCUUUACCAAGGAAUUCGUAUUCACCGCGUGAACGACGCACUCAUGCUGUUCCGUCGUUUUCACGACCCUGAAGCGACCCUUGAGCUGUUUGAACAGGUACUAGCAUCGUACUGUGGUAGAGACGGCAAGGACGCGCGCAUGCCUGCUGAAGGCCAGGACGAGAACGACGAUGAAUACGAAAGAAAGCCUCACUAUGUGAAUUUUAACAUCGGUAAGGUGAUCAAUUCGGUUCUGCGGACGCUGGUGGAAAAUGGUAGAAUGGCGGUUGCUCUAGAUGCUCUGACGAUGAUGGAAAGUCGGGGUCUGCAGACUACGCAAGCUAAUUACGUCACGAUCCUAAGCUCGAUGCACAAGUGCUUGCUACAGUCGAACAAGGGCCAUGAAAAGAAGAAGGUGGUGUACGAUAUGUCCAGUUUUCGUGCAGUGCUGAAGGAUCUCAUGGACCGGAAUUUGAAGGUGAACAAGGCUAUUGUUGGCUACUUGUGCCCUGCGUACAAGGGUGCAAACAAGCAGCAGCGUUUGGAAUUGCUGGAGGCUUUUGAUGGGACCCUGGCGGAUCCCGAUGACACUUACGUCUUGCCGCAUUCAUGCUAUGCAACGCUCUUGACUUUCACGGCACAGGAAGGUACCAUGUCGGAGGUAAAGAAGCUAUACGACGAAGCUGUGAAUUCCUUGGACAAAAAAGAAACGCUGGGUGUGCCGCGCAGCUGGGUGACUGUCUUGGUCGAAAAGUUUGUCGAGGAGGGCAACGUGGAAGAAGCCGAGCAGCUCGUAAAACAGAUGCAUACGAUGUGUGGCGGGUACACGUUUGGAGCUGUGCUGGCAGUACUGAGGGGGGCUAUGGAAGCCCAGAAGCCGGAUGUCGUUGACAGCAUGGUGGCGCUCUUGGAAGAACGGGAGUUUAUCGUGGGGCUGUCAGACGCGUACGAGCUGGUCCACUUGGCCCGCAAGCACGACCUUGCGCUGAAAUCGCUGGAUAUCAUUCAGCUCUUCGAGAAGAGCAACUUGAAGGAGGUAGCACCUCCAGCGGAUGGCUCUGGAACUCUGGAAGAAGCCUACUUCCGUCGCCAGCGCGGCGAUUCCCAUGCGUUCCGAAAGGUCAAGACCAUGUACACUGUGGCUCUUAAGGCGUGUGAGAAGGGCGGACUCUGGAAACAGGCGCUUGGGCUGCAGGACCAGAUGGCGAUACUGCUGGGCAAGGAGGUCAUGGAUGCGAUCGCCGCGGACGGCACGCGCAAGGAGAAGCAGUCGAACAACGAAUAG